AUGAAAGGAAUUAUUCCAAGAAACAUGAAGCUUAUAGUAGCAUGUGAUCUUGAUGGAGGUAUUGGCAAAAAUAAUUCUAUUCCUUGGACUCUAAGGAAGGAUAUGACAUACUUUAUGAAGUCUACUUGUCAUGUGGAGGACUCGAAAAAGCGAAAUGCAGUUAUCAUGGGGCGAAAAUGUUGGGAAAGUAUACCAGAUAAGUUCAAGCCGUUGAAGAACCGUUUGAACAUCGUGAUCAGUCGUACCUUAGAACCCUGCAGAAGCGACAAUCUCAUUAUAACGAAUGAUUUCGACAAGAUGUUUGAAGAGUUGUGCUCUCCACCAAUGUCUGAGAAUAUCGAAAAUAAAAACUUGGUGGAUAGCAUAUAUCUUACGAAAGUUCAAGGAAGGUUCGAUGCUGAUAUCAUCCUCGAUUUGAAUCUGGAAGAUUUUGUGGAAGAUGCAUCUAAAAAGUUAGAAGGUUUAGAGGAGAAUGGUAUUUCUUAUGCCUUCCAUAUGGGGAACGGUCGGAAGAAGAAAGGAAGUUUCAUUCAGAACGGCGUCAGGCAUAGCGGGAUAACCCAAACUAGUACCAUAGGAAAGCAUGCUAAGAUGAAUAGCUCCAUACAUGAUGGAUCUGAUCAGGAAUCUGUCUGUUCUCUCCCACGGAGUAGGACUGGGUCUACCUUCCAGAAGGAUAUCAAUAACUCCCCUCUACACGAUUUAGAUGAUAAUCCAAUUUCACCGUUCAAUGCUGAUGAAGGCGUUGAAGUUCCUUCUGUUACUCCAUCUUGUUCUGCUGAGUCUCAAACUGAAAUGGUUAACCAAAAUGACGGGCUCUUGCAGUUUUUCGAAUUGUCCCCUUGGGAUCAAGUAGAGACAAUGUGCGAAAUAGUGUCUUGUCUUGGAAUUUAUGAGCUUAGAUUGUUAGGAGCCUGUGUAGAGGGAGCUGCCCGACCUCAAGCUACCAACUUAAGACCACAAGAGCUAAGGGCGAAUAGUCCUUCUUUCAUAUCCGGUUUAGCUACGCAAUUGAGAAUGACAUAUCCUGAUACUAUUGAUUGCGCUUUCUCUAUGGUCUCAUUGCUGCAAUCUACGAAUAGAAGUGGAGCUUAUGCUUUUGUUCGGCUUAUCGAUCAAUUGAUGGCUGACCGUGAUUCUCAAAUACCAAACUUGCCCGAAGAUAUUCAGAAGAAAACUUUACAAUCCUUAGGAAAACUAGUAACUGCCUCUCUUCAUCAUCCAGCAUUUUCGAUAGAUCAAAGAAUUCGAUUAAUAAAUGCUAGAGAUGAUUUGAGAAGUCAAUUAGAAAGAAUGAAUAUCAAUAGACCUCGGAGUCCAAGGGACUCUCAAUCGUAUGGCGGUUUACUAUACAUUAGAAGAUUUAAUGCCUCCUUAGCUCCGAAUAGCAACGACCUUUUUACAAUUGAGUUGGUGUGGAAUGACGGCGAACGAACGUACGUUAGUAGAACUCGUGAUGAAAUCGCUGCCUUACAUUACCGUCUACUCGAUCUCUUCGGUGAAGAGCGACGAGAAGUUUCUGAACUCUUAGAAAGUCGGGAUUCAAAAUCAUACAGUCGAACUGUUACUAAUGGAACAGCUACUGGAAGCUCUCGGAUAUUACCCCAUUUCUUCCCAGAAGCUAGCUCACAAGUAGUUAUAGAUUACAUCAAUGGGUUGUCCGAUCUUCCUGCAAGAAUGAUGUUAAGCUCAAUAAUUUAUGAAGAGUUUUAUACAUCUCGCCAAUGUUCUGAUGAUUUGCAGAAUUCCGAGAGAGGGGAAAGGCGCAAUUCCGUGUCCCCUUCGCUUAUACCUCAUAAAAUUCCUGCCACAACUGCCCCAACGUUUUCAUAUACCACGAUGCCAUUAUCAUAUGGACCAUUAGCAAAUAUACCAUCGAUCAUGCAGGUUCUGACAAGUCCAACUUGCAGUAAUUGUGCUGGACCUCAUUCGUUUGUGCAUUGCGAUAAGAAGAACAUUAUGGAAAUCAACCCUGUAGGAAAAGAACCGUUCCGCCUGUACAUGGGUGAUAUGGAUCGAGGUGAAUUCAAAGUGUUCAGAACGCCUCAUAUGGCACCUCAUCCAAUUGUUAUUCCUGAGCAUAUGGGGCUAUAUCCCCAACCAAUUUUAGUUCCACAGCCUAUCUACGCUCAUAAUAUGCCUGUGGUUGCACCUCAGCCAAAGUUACAAUAG